AUGACAAGCCAACCACUGGUGGCCACGUUCUACGUGGACUACCUCUCGCACCCCCUCUCUUCAGAACACCUCCUCGUCUGCUACCAACAAAUCACUCGCCAGAUCGCCCAUGCCCCCCUCUCCGCCAAAGAUGCUGCCAUCUCCUUCCAACACCAAUCCCAGGCCAUGAUCGAGCUCCUCGGCCAACACCAGACCCUCGCUAUCCCCCAGACCAAGGAACGCCCAGCCCCCGUCGGCUGCCAAUCCCAGCUCAAGCGCAUGCAAAACGCCCUCUGGCGCCGAUCAUCCCAAUCAAGCCUCGCCAAAGACGUCGCUCUCGUCCGGCCCGAAUCAUUGAACUGGUAA